CCCAGCGCGCUCCGGCAGCGGACCCCGGGCUUCGCAAAUGGCUUGUCCCGCGCUCGAUCUGGAAGCUCUGCAGCCCCUGCAGCCCGAGCCGCCCCCCGAGCCCGCCUUCUCCGAGGCGCAGAAGUGGAUCGAGCAAGUAACUGGCAGAACUUUUGGUGAUAAGGAUUUUCGGACAGGAUUAGAAAAUGGAAUCCUUCUUUGUGAGUUGCUGAAUGCUAUAAAGCCAGGACUUGUUAGAAAGAUCAAUAGAUUGCCUACCCCCAUUGCAGGAUUGGACAAUAUCAUCUUAUUUUUGAGAGGUUGCAAAGAACUUGGCCUUAAAGAAUCUCAACUCUUUGACCCAAACGACCUCCAGGAUACCUCCAACAGAGGCCCAGUCAAGAGCCUUGAUUAUAGUAGGAAGCUGAAAAAUGUUUUAGUUACCAUUUACUGGCUGGGAAAAGCCGCAAACAGCUGUACUUCCUAUAAUGGAACCACACUCAACCUGAAGGAGUUUGAAGGAUUGUUGGCUCAGAUGCGAAAGGAGACUGAUGACAUUGAGAGCCCUAAACGCAGCAUCCGAGACAGUGGCUACAUCGACUGCUGGGAUUCAGAGCGCAGCGACUCCCUCUCCCCGCCUCGCCACGGCAGAGAUGAUUCCUUCGACAGCCUGGACUCGUUUGGCUCCCGCUCCCGGCAGACCCCUUCUCCAGAUGUAGUGCUCAGGGGAAGCAGUGAUGGGAGAGGAAGUGACUCCGAAUCCGACUUGCCUCAUCGGAAGCUGCCAGAUGUGAGGAAGGAUGAUAUGUCUGCACGACGGACUUCCCACGGUGAGCCGAAAUCAGCAGUGCCUUUCAACCAGUACCUCCCAAACAAGAGCAACCAGACAGCCUAUGUCCCUGCCCCUCUGAGAAGGAAGAAGGCAGAGCGAGAGGAGUACCGGAAGAGCUGGAGUACUGCCACUUCCCCCCUGGGUGGGGAGAGGCCCUUCAGGAGCACCAGUAUGUUUGAUGUGCGGUGUGAGGAGGAGGCUGCUGCGGUGCUGCCGCACAGCAGGGCUCGCCAGGAGCAGCUGCAGCUGAUUAAUACCCAGCUGAGAGAGGAAGAUGACAAAUGGCAAGAUGACCUGGCUCGUUGGAAGAGCCGUCGAAGAAGUGCUUCCCAAGACUUAAUCAAGAAAGAGGAAGAAAGAAAAAAGAUGGAGAAGUUAUUGGCUGGAGACUAUGGGACAAGUGAACGGAGGAAAAGCAUCAAGACCUACAAAGAAAUCGUUCAAGAAAAAGAGCGGAGAGAGCGAGAGCUGCACGAGGCCUAUAAGAACGCCAGGUCUCAGGAGGAGGCCCAGGGGAUCCUCCAGCAGUACAUCGAGAGGUUCACCAUCAGCGAGGCUGUCCUCGAACGCUUGGAAAUGCCAAAAAUCCUGGAAAGAAGCCAUUCCACAGAGCCAAACUUAUCCUCCUUCCUGAACGACCCCAGCCCCAUGAAAUACCUGCGGCAACAGUCCCUGCCUCCCCCCAAGUUCACGGCCACGGUGGAAACCACCAUCGCGCGUGCCAGUGUUCCUGACACCAACACGGCAGCAGGCAGCGGAUCUCCAAGCAAAGCGGUCACGCCCAAAGCCGUGCCCAUGCUGACGCCCAAGCCUUACUCGCAGCCCAGAAACUCCCAAGAGGUUCUGAAGACCUUCAAGGUAGAUGCAAAAGUCAGCAUGAAUGGAGAGACGGUCCAUGGAGAAGAGGAGGACAAAGACAAAGAGGAUCUCACAGUGGCAGCUGUCCCCUCCUUAACCAAGUCCCAGAUGUUCGAAGGGGUGGCCACUGUGCUUGGCUCCCCCCUAGAGGUGAAACAAGACAACUACAGCAUCGAGAUCAACAUCAAGAAGCCAAAUUCUCCGCAGGACCUGACAGAGAUGGCGGAGGAAACCAAACUGAACAGCCAAGAGGAUAAGAAUGAUGGAGGAAACCCAGGAAAAGAGAACACAGGGCUGGACACAGCAGAGCCACAGCACUUUACGACAACUGUGACUCGAUGCAGCCCAACAGUGGCCUUUGUGGAGUUUUCCUCCAGUCCCCAGCUGAAAAAUGAUGUGCCAGAAGAAGAAAAAGACCAGAGAAAGCCAGAAAGUGAAAUGGGUGGAAAAGUAGAGCUGGUGCUGUCACAAAAGGUGGUAAAGCCAAAAUCUCCAGAGCCAGAAGCAACCUUGACCUUUCCAUAUCUGGAUAAAAUGCCCGAAUCCAACCAACUACACUUGCCAAAUCUGAAUUCACAAGAGCCGCCUGGCCCUGCCAGCAUGCCGCUGAGAGUUCAGAACUCUUGGCGACGGUCCCAGUUUUUCUCGCAGUCAGUGGAUUCUCCAAGCAGUGAAAAGUCACCUGUUACUACACCUUUUAAGUUCUGGGCAUGGGACCCGGAAGAAGAGCGCAGACGACAGGAAAAAUGGCAACAGGAACAGGAACGUUUGCUCCAGGAGAGAUACCAGAAGGAGCAGGACAAGCUGAAGGAAGAGUGGGAGAAAGCCCAAAAGGAGGUGGAAGAGGAAGAGCGCAGAUACUAUGAGGAGGAGCGUAAGAUAAUUGAAGACACUGUGGUUCCAUUUACUAUAUCUUCAAGUUCUGCAGACCAGCUGUCUACAUCUUCCUCUGUAACCGAAGGUGGAGGGACAAUGAACAAGAUGGACUUGGAAAACUGUCAAGAAGAAGAAAAAGAGAGAAGUCAGAAGAAAGCCUUCCAGGGAGCUGACAAUGACAUAUUGCUCAAGACCGAGGAGAGCGGUGCCCUGCAGGAGGAGGGCAGCCUGACUCCAGGGGCCCUGGCUCACUCUACAAACCCCAUGUCAAAAGGAGUCCAUGAAGACCUGGAUGCGGAGGCCGGGACCCCACCCUGGGGGAUGAACCCACAGCUAGCUCAGGGCCUGCCCCAGCAUCCGCAGAUAUCCAGCCCACCAAUGCACAUGUCAGAAGAUGUGAAACCAAAAACCCUCCCUCUGGAUAAAAGCAUUAACCAUCAGGUUGAGUCUCCUGGUGAACGGCGGAAGUCAAUUAGUGGGAGAAAGCUGUGCUCUUCCUGUGGGCUGGCGUUAGGUAAAGGCGCGGCAAUGACCAUCGAGACCCUCAACCUCUAUUUUCACAUCCAGUGUUUCAGGUGUGGAAUUUGCAAAGGACAGCUUGGCGACGCAGUGAGUGGGACGGAUGUGAGGAUUCGAAAUGGUCUUCUAAACUGCAACGACUGCUACCUGCGGUCCAGAAGUGCUGGCCAACCUACAACAUUGUGACCUGGUUCUCAAGCUUUGGGACCACUGACCAUUUCUUUAUUGGAGUGGCCCCUGCCAACUGCUUAAGAAAGGCCCAAGUUCAGGGGCAUUCGUCUAACUUCGGAAAGGCUCCUCUACAAGAUGCUAUCUGUUCUUUGUAUCACAGUGUGCUUUUCCUGUGGGGUUUUUUUGUUUGUUUUGUUUUGGGUUUUUUGUUGAUUUAUUUUUGCAGUUGCACAGUAUAUACAAAAGAAUAUGGAAUUGUAAUGAUCCCGAAUAGUUGAAAGGUGUUAGUAUGGUCAAACAGGCUCAUGGUUUCAAAUAUGUUAUUCUCUUCUUUGGGAAAUAGCUAAAGGAUGCAAUAAAAAAAACUGUUACAUUUUAGUACUUGUAGAAAAUAAAGACUUUAUGUUUACAGAAUUGAGCUGCAGAAAGUGCAAGCAUGCCAAUUUGAGACAUGUGGUCUUCUCAGACAGGGGUAUAAAAUGAAUGCAUUUCAGAAAAAAUUAAACAUCACACUAAGCUCUUGUCUCUGAGCUAUAACUUUGUUUUUAAUACAAAGGCAUUAGUCCUAUAAUAUAUACUGUAAUCAUCCUGAAAACAUUUGUGUUGCUUACCUUUUGAGGUAGAAGGUAUAUUCCAAUAAAUUAUUGUACUGUUAGUAUUAGAUUUUUGUGAACCUUGGAAGUCAUGUCAUUAACAUAGGCUGGUCCAGCAAAUAAAGAUGAACCCUUGUAAUAUCAUAGACAAAUGCUCUGGGACAUUGCUCAAGGGUAGAAAGAAACCAGCAGGAAAUAUUUCAAUCAUCAUUUCAAAAUUUAUUAGCAAAUCUAGAAGGAAGUUUAAUCUCCAAGAGUGGUGGGUCAGUCAGUGAAAGGCACAGGCCCAGGUUGCUUGCUUUCCUCCAAGCACUAGAUUAGGAAUCCGGUAAGGGGCUUAAUAGAUGUAUGGAAUAUGAGACAUGGAGAUAAGACCAUCAUGAGGAAUGACCAUUGUCUGCAAGUUCUCCUUGAAGACCUGAAGCCUGGGUAUCCAAAGACAAGAAUAAAGUCCAUCCUAACAGAAUCCAAAUGGCAGGAUGUGGAAAGCCCAGGAUCCAACAUGCACUCCGCAGGCACCUACAGCUUAGAGCGGGGGGCCCGGUCCACCAUCUUUACUCCAGAAUUUUGGACCUUGCUCUUGAAGUUGAGAAAGUCUAGUGGAGAUCUGGUGUGAUAAAUUUCAGUUGGACAAGAAAGGAAUUGAGUGACUACAAACCAUCAUAGUUUCCAUCUCCAGGCUGUUUUGUGUUGGGUUUUUGUUUUGUUUUAAAGACUGGGAAAAGGGGAACUAUUUAUUCUGCCUUAAGAUGAUGGCAAAUAAGUGAAGAAGGUAUUUUGUGAGUAGAGACUAUGGAUGCACUCCUAACAGACUAAUAUAGGCAUAAGAAGAGAUUGAGUAGAUGUGUUACUGUUGCGUAAGCAAUAAUUUUUUUCCCAUGUCCUACGGAGUAUGGCUAGCAACUAUUUAUUUCUAUGCUAGACGGUUCUUUGCAUGUGGGCUCCAUAUAGGUGCAGAAAUUUCCUCAGCUAUUGGGGGUAUUUUACACAACUACUUUGUUCAUUUGGAUGAACUUGUUGUUGGACUGAAAUUUACACAUCCUUUCAUUUUAAAAAAAUGUGCCUUAGAAAAUGCAAAGCUGUUGCACAUAUCGGUGAGUAUGGAUGCAGUACAUUGGACAAAAAUGCAGCCACCUCACCCCUUCUUCGUGGAGGUGUUUGCUGUUUUACAGGAAAAAAAAAAAGAAAAAGCCGAAAAAAAGGAAAAAUUAAAAAAGAAAAAGAACCAAGUUUUGAAAACUGUACAGAUUAAAAUAGGUCCAAUAUUUUGAUGAACCACCUGCAUGUUUUAUUAACUAUUUUGAUAAUGCGAUGUUUACACUUGGCAUGAUGAUUAGUAGCGUACUUUAACCAGAAACGAUGCACAAACACAGGUAGCCAGUCAGAAGGCAUUUUUCUAGGAUCCUUUUUACAUGUGGAACUCCAUCCAUUGUGGAAGGAAGCUAUGGACAGUGCAUAUUUCCUCUGGUUUCACAGAGCCAUUUGUACGCAUUUCUUAAGCUCAGACUCACUGUAUGUGUAUGGCAGCAAGCGUGAAGUCAGGAGAGAUUUAAAACAAACCAAAACAACAACAACAAAACAAACCAUCUCCAACUGCAGAACACACUUUCCAUCAGGACCGAUACUCACCAGCACCGAAUCAUCCUCCGAUGUUUUCUAAAUUCUAAUUGCCAACUCUUUCUAUUUCUAUUCGAUUUCUAUUUCAUUUGGAGCCGGUUACAUGGCAGUUUCAGCAAACGGGAGCUUGUUUUUUCCAUCACAGCACAAUGAGUAUGAUCUAUUUCUUUUCAAAUAAUCUUUGAGGUCCUGAGAAAGCUAAAAUAUAUAUAUAUAUACUCAUCUCUGUUCAGCUCUAAUGUAAAUGUGUUUGUUU